AUGGCCCCUAAGGAUGGUGCAAUGCCUCCCGUAUGGGAUAGCCUAGACAGGCAAAUGGGCCAGCUUUUUAUGAUGGGCUUUGACGGAACCACGGUCGACCAACAGAUACGAUCCUUAAUCGAAGAUUACCACGUGGGAAGCGUGUUACUCAAUGCGAAAAACCUCAAGUCCGCCGAAGAAACAACCAAGCUGAUACUCGAAUUGCAAACAAUCGCACGCGAUGCUGGCCAUCCAGUGCCGCUCAUGAUUGCACUCGACCAGGAGAAUGGAGGAGUUAACAGUCUAUUCGAUGAGAUCUACAUUCGGCAGUUCCCUAGUGCCAUGGGCAUCGCGGCAACGGGCUCCAGACAACUCGCCCGCGAAGUCGCCUCGGCUACCGCGCAGGAACUCAAGGCUGUGGGCGUCAAUUGGAUAAUGGGUCCGGUGUUGGAUGUCUUGACGAACGUUCGUAAUCAACCUCUUGGCGUGCGAACCAGUGGCGACGAUCCACAAGAAGUCUCGCAAUAUGGUGUCGAAGUAAUGAAAGGGUACCAAGAAGCAGGUUUAGUCACCUGCGGCAAGCACUUUCCUUCUUACGGAAAUCUAGAAUUUAUUGGAUCUGACUCCGAUGUUCCUGUUAUCAAGGAGUCUCUUGAGCAGCUCAGCUUGAGCGCCCUGGUUCCAUUUCGAAAUGCUAUUUCCAAUGGUCUCGAUGCAAUGAUGGUUGGCGGCGUGGCUAUGUCUUCUGCGGGAGUAAAUGUCAUGCAUGCUUGUCUUUCAGAACAGGUUGUGGAUGGACUAUUACGCAAAGAUUUAAAAUUCGGCGGCGUCGUUGUGUCCGAGUGCCUGGAGAUGGAAGCUCUCACACACAAUAUCGGUGUUGGUGGUGGCACAGUGAUGGCCAUGAAAGCCGGCUGCGAUUUGAUCCUCCUCUGUCGGUCUUAUCCCAUUCAACUAGAAGCUCUCAAUGGGCUGAAGUUGGGGGUUGAAAAUGGAAUGAUCAGCCGGUCUCGAAUUCAACAAUCACUCAAACGCGUUCUCUCUAUGAAAUCACGCUGCACUACAUGGGACCAAGCAAUGAAUCCAGGAGGAAUAAAUACUCUGACUGUGAUGCAACCAUCUCAUACAAAUCUAUCUACUCGUGCAUAUGACAGCUCAAUUACUCUUGUCCGAGAUACGCAAAAUCUUCUCCCCUUGACUCAUGUCAUAGAACCGGACGAAGAACUUUUGCUUCUAACGCCACUCGUGAAACCACUACCUGCGUCGGCAGUGUCGCGGUCAAUAUUGGAUAACAUGAACACAUCCCCUGACCCUGCGUCAUGGGAGAAGAGUGCAUCAGGCAGUAGUGGCGAGAGUGUCUUUCGAGAAUUCGGCCGGUCACUCGCGCGGCAACGAUCAGGUCGCGUUCUUCAUACAUCAUACACGUCCACUGGGGUCCGCCCUAUACACGAAAGUCUGAUUGACCGAGUCAGCGCAGUUGUUGUAGUCACAGCAGACUCUAACCGGAAUCUCUACCAGCACGGAUUCACCAAACAUGUGUCAAUGAUUUGCAAGUCCCAAUAUUCACAAACAGGCGAGCGUCGUGAGAAGCCCGUAGUUGUUGUAGCUGUCAGUUCUCCAUACGACUUUGCCACAGACCCUGUAGUCGGCACAUACAUCUGCACAUACGAUUUCACCGAAACAGCACUACAGGCCUUGGUGAAGGUACUUUACGGAGACCUGUCUCCAACAGGGACAUUACCAGGGACGAUCAGCCGAAGUCAAAAGCUAGGCCACUCCCGUCAACACUGGCUAGUCGAAUCAUGGAACGAAGAACGUGAUGCAGAGGCGCUUGACGCUUUGCUUGAUGCUGUAAGAGACAGCGGAUCACACGCUGAACUCGCUAGCGUCACAUCCAACACCUUCCUCCUCCGCAGUGACGACGUAGACGAAGCUCAUUUCGUCGUGCGCAACAGUACAACGCAUGCCCUUUAUGGGUUCUGCUCGACGUACUUUUUCCGGUCAACAGGAACCGCCGCGAUUGGGUCAAUAAUCGUGGAACCUUCACGACGAAAGCUGUCCAUCGGACACUCUCUACACAACCGGGCCAUUCAAACCCUUCUUCGUAGAAACGGCGUCAGACGUUUCCAGCUAGGCUCACGCCUGCCCAGCGUGUACCUAGGCAUUCCAACCGCGAAUCCAGUAGAGCGCAAGAGACUACGUCAAUGGUUUGCCCAAUUAGGCUGGAACACAGCCUUAUCUCGACCAGUAUGCAGUGUCUUACUACGACCGCUUUCCACCUGGGUUCCUCCUGACGGCCUAGCAACAAGCCUCCAAAACGCCGAAGUCGACUACGACCUCGUCUAUGGCUGGGAAUACGCAGACUCGAUCAUCGACCACAUCAAGACAAGCUCCCGACAGGGAGUAAUGGAAAUCUACAAACUAGCACUCAACGGCGCCCCGCAUUCAGGCGUUAUCCGCGCGAAACGACCUGAAGAUGGUGCGGUUCUAGGCAGCGUUGUGAUAUACAACAGCCAAUCCGUGAUUGCAGAGUACGUGCCGGCUCUGAAAGAGGCGAAUGUCGUGGGCGGUGGUGUCUCGUCGCCAGUCAUUUCGCCGUCGGUGGGUGAAUAUGCCACAUUGAUGCAGGGGUUGCUGCUUCUUGGUAUUCGACAAGUCCGCAAAUCAGGGGCGGAUGCGGUGAUCCUGGACUGUGUCGACGGCGACGGCAACUUUGACAGUCUCUCGGCAAUGGGCUUCACAGUCCUGCAAACCUUCGAGGAAGUAACCUGCGACGCGACGACCUGGAAAAUGAUGCAGUCUGCAUGA